AUGGAAUUGUUUCUAGGAUUAACAAGGUAACAAUUAAGUGAUGAUUGUUAUAUAGAAUUUCCAAAAGUUUGUAAUGAAAUAGGAACUAAGUGGCUAAUUGGAUAUAAUCAUAUAAUAACAAUUGAUGAGGAUUAUGAAAAAUAUAAGGAUGGCAUAAGAAAGGAAUAAGCAUAAGAUUUAUUAAUAUAAGAUAUUAAUACUUAUAAGAUUGUGCUUGAAUAUGAAUAUAAUGAAAAAUAUGGAGAAAAGACUUUUCAAUCAUUAAAUUUAGGUUGUUAAUAUCUACUUUUAUCAAUUUUCAUUAAUUCUGGAAGAGUUUUACAAUUUUCUAAAUUGAUUUACUAAUGCUAAUAGAACAAUUUUUAUGAAGCCUUGAAAUCUAAUGGGAGAAAUCAUAUUAAGAAUGAAAAUCAAAAUAUAAAAUUAAAUAUAAAAUGUUAAGAAGAAUAACAAUUUUUUAAAGAACAUUUUGAUGAAUAAGGAAUUCCAAAAUAAGAAGGAAUAUGGAAAAUUGAAAUACCUUAAACAAAUGAAGAAGAUUUAUAUUAUGCUAUAUAAAUACUUGAUGAUAGAUUUUACACCUUAGGUCUAUGCUCUAUAUUUGCUAUUAAUACUGAAUUAGAAUUUUGUAAUUACAAAAGUGUUUUAUGGUUGGAAUUUUUAAAAGAUUAAGAAGGAAAAAAGUAUAAUUUUGUAAGUUACAAUUAAGAAUAACAAAGAUGGUUUCCUGUAAAUGUGAUGGAUCAAGAAUAUUAAAUAAUUGGAUAUUCUCAUAUUUGUAAUCCUACAGAAGUAUUAGCAUAUUAGGAUGGUUUAACAGAUGGAUAAGUUAAUUAUUUGUUUUUAGCUGAUUAUGAUUAAAAUUGUUUAAAAUUAAGGAGAUUUUUAAAUUAAGAAUAUUAAAAUAAAGAUUUUGAUAAUCUUACUUCCUAAGUUUAAUUAUUAUUGAUAGAUUUAUCUUUUAGAAAUUGGCCAUUAAUAUACUAUAAACAAUCAAUUGAUUUAGCAUUAGAAAAUAAAAUAUAAGAAGCUAUUAAUUAGAGCUAUAUUUAUUAUAUACCUUCUGAAUCAGUUAAUUCUCAUUAUUUAAUUAGAAAAGAUGAAAUUUAUACAUUUCUUAAUUAAAUGUCAUCUACCUAUUAAUUGAAAACUGAAAAUAAUAAUAUGUUCUUAUAAAAUCCUAAUUUAAAUAACAUAGUUGGGGUUAAAAUAACUGAAGAUAAUUUUAGUUUUAUUCUUAAAGAAGAAGCUGAAACUAAAAUAUAGAUAGAAGAUUUAAUAACCUUAUUAAAAGUUUAUUAUGAUCCUAUAUAAUAAGUAGAUGAUAUUGCAUUUUCAUUAGAACCGGAAGAUAAUGAUGAAGAAAUGAUGAGACCAUUUCAAAAUAAAAUCUAUUCUCCUGAAUAUUUAGAUAGAACAAAUGUUGGAAUAGUCCUUUAUGAAGCAGAUUUUCUAUUAAAAUAAAUGAGUUUAGGAAUUGAAGUUUUAGAAAGAGAACCAUUAAUAACUAAACCUUUUGUAUAUGGAAAUCUGGAUAUAUAACCAUUAUAUAAGUUAGAUCCAGAAUAUUAUGCUAAAUUAUUUCUUAAAAUUGGAAAGUUAAAAUUAAAUAUAUUAGAAGAUAAACACAAUAAUGUUCAUAAGUUAGAAAUUGAGAAAAUAGAUAUUGCUGUUGAGGCAAGAAUUCUUAAUUAACAACUCAAUGAAGAAGUAAUCUAGGAUGAGAAUAAUGGAGCUUAGAGGUUUGCUAGUUAAUUUACCUAACUUUAUGAUUAAAUAAGUUAAAAGUAUCCUAUCUUUAUAAGAUUAAGAUAAAUUUUAAUGGCAAAUUAUUUAGCUAAGUAUAUGUAUGAAAAAGGGAUUCCAAUCAAUUAUGAAUUUAUUGAAAAUAUAUUUUAUUAGAAACUUAUUUCACAAGAAUAACUAUAUAGAAAAAGUCCAACAUUAAAGUUAUAUUAAGAAGAUGAAUAUCAUAUAAUUGAUUUAAGAGGAGGAAUAGAUGGAAAUAGCUCUUAAAUAGAUAAUAUUAUGAAGAAUGCUUUGAAUCAGUUGGAUGAAAAUCAAAAUUUGUAAGUUGUUGAAACAAAUUCAGAAAUUAUUGAUGCUAAGUUUUAGAGAUGUGAUAGUGUAUCAAGUAUAUCAACAUAAGCUUCAUUAGAAGUAAUAAAUGAGUUAAAAAAGAAAGAAAAAUGUAUAAAUUGUAAAAAAGAUUUAGAAUAAUGUGAAAUUGAUUAAAAUAAAAUUUGUAAAGCUUGUAAUAACUAAAAAUGUUCAAAAUGUUAUAAAAUCUCAAAUGAAAUUUUAUUAAAAAUUCAAAAUGAAAUAUGCUGUAAGGAAUGCUUUAAAUGUUAUCAAUGUAAUAAAUAAAACCCAAAUAAAAUUUAUGAUUAAAAGUAUUAUCAUCAAAAUUGUUUUGAAUAAGCAAAAAAAUAAUUUGAAUUAAAAAAACAAAUGAUCUCAUAUAUAAAGAAAACCUUUGGAACUAAAUAAAAAUAAGCAGAUAAUAAUGAUAAAUAAAGUUAUUUUUAAACUGAAUUAUAUCCUUUUAUUAAUAUAAGAGAUUAUUCAGGAUAUAUUAUUGGUUAUAAUCAUCCAAUUAUUAAAAGUUAAGCUUAAGUUAAUCUAAAAUAAUACAAAUUACCAUAUAAAAAAGCUGAAGAGUUUUUAAUAAAAGACUUAGAAGAAUUUGAAAAUUAAUUAAAUUAAUUUUAUAAAGUACAUAACUAUACUAGGGAUAGUAACUUUAAAAUGUUAAUGCUGUUUAUUCUAUUUAUUUUAAAAAAUUUUGAUUAAGUUCUUAAUUUAGCAAAUAAAAGUAAUUACAGAGAUCUAUUUGUUGAAAUUCCAAAAUUAUAGAUUACAAAUACUAAGGGUGUUCAUGUAUUAAGGGGUAAAAUUGAAAAGGCUUUAGAUUUCUUUAAAUAACAUUUUGAUUAAAAUGGAAAUGCUAUUUAAAAUUAAGAACAAAAAAUUAAAAAUACAUGA